UCCUGUUCCAAAAUGGGAGUUAACUCUUUCGAUACCAAAACUGCAGAGAAAAAUCAUUGAGCAUGGCUAGUGGAUCAGUAUGUGAUUUUGAGCAAGAGAUUGAAGAGGAGGGAGAAGAGAUUUGUGACAUUUAUAAAGAACAUUUGUCGCUGUUAGAAGCUGUAAAAAAUCACAAUUGUGCUGUGGUACAUGAUCUUGUACAUAACAGGGGUCUGUCCCCUGAUUUCAAUGUUGAUGGUCACACCCCCAUUUGCAGGGCAGCUCAGUUUGGUUAUGUAGAUAUACUGGAUAUUUUAGUUGAAGGUGGCUGCAGUCUUUUGACACCUGAUGCAGAUGUUUGGAGGCGUCAGGCUUUACAUAUUGCAGCAUCAAAAGGACAUAUAGAAUUUCUCAAAAGGUUGUUGGGUUAUGGGGCAGAUAUAAACAGCCGCGACAAUGAUCAGAGAACACCGCUUCAUUGGGCGGCGACCUACGGAAAUCCUGAUAUGGUGGAGUUCCUUAUCUCGCAAGGUGCCGCAGUGAAUAUAGCCCAGUGUGACGGAUUCACUCCAUUACAUGCCGCCACAUGUCUUGGUCACAACAAUGUAGUUAAGGUGCUUAUGAAGCAUGGUGGUGAAAUUAACAGAUCCGAUCGAGACGGCUGGUCGGCUUUCCAUACUGCUGUCUGCUACGGACAUAAGGAAGUUGUGAAAACUUUAUUGGACGCAGGAGCUUCGUUGAUGAGGUUAACAACUGACGAGGAAAAUGUUGUGCACAUUGCAGCAAGUAGCGGGAAAAUUGAAGUUCUCAAAUUGCUCUUGGAAAGAAAUGUGAAAUUGAAUGACCUAAAUAUAAAUGGUAAUACAGCAUUUUAUUUGUCAGUGUACUAUAAUGAAUUAAACAUGGCAAAAUACCUGAUCAAAGUGGGAGCUGAUAUGUACUUGCCGAGCGGCCCAAAGAAAUCACCUUUCUACCUUGCAGCAAUGAGGAGUAAUCUAGACUUUAUUGCCGUUUUCAUGGAAGCUGGCUAUAAUUUAAGCCGUGAGGAAUGGAUUUUACAAAAAGACUUUCCACAGAUUCUACUCAGAAAUCCCGAACUGUGCAAUCUUCUAUACAAAAGUGCAUCAAAUCCACAAAAGUUGAAGGAGUUGUGUAGGUCUUGUAUACGCAAGUCAAUGAAAUUUGAUGAAAAUUUUGACAGGAGAAUUGAGCAGUUGAAUCUGCCUGUACUUCUCAAGCAUUAUGUAACAUAUGCAGCGCUCGACAGUAUUGUUACACAUGUUAGUCCCACAGUAAAUAUGACAGGAAUAGGUCUAGACAAUCCUUAAUACAGGGUUUCAGUUAACCAGUUCAUGUAGUUUAUUAUGUAUCCCACACCACUGUGGUGGGAGACAUAUUGAUUUACUCCUGUCCGUGUAUCUGUCUGUCACAAAUCUUGUCCGCGCUCUAAGUCGAACAGUUCUUCUCCAAACUUGAAAAGAAUAUGUUUGCCAAUAAGUUAUCAGCCAAAUUCGAUAACUAGCCAAAUCAGCCCAGGCACUAUGGAAUUAUGGCCCUUGAAUUACCAAAAACUACUGAUGCCAGUGAUACAGGUCUUGGUGCAUGGUUGACUCAGAUACAUAAUGGAGAAGAAAGUUGUGGGAGACAUGUGCUUUUCUCAAAAGCAGCUCUCUAGUUUAUUAAAUGAUUUAAAGAGAUAUAUGGAGAGGACUAUUUAAAGUUUUAAAAGGACAUUCUCUUCAAACAUCAGGGAAUAAGAUUGUCAGAGGUGCUGUUGUAACAUUUUAGAUGUAGGAAUUCUGCUUGUAAAAUGUGUUUUAUAGAAAUAUUAUUUUGUGUGUAGGUCAGAACUGUAUUUUUGUGCGAAGAUAGAAGAAAAGAUGGUUCUUUGAUUUCAUUUAAGCAUAUGUAAAGCUUAUACAUAUAUGCAACUUAUUAAUAUACGCUGUAAUAUGUUGAAAUGAAUUGCACAGCACUGUUGUUUUCUAAGAUUAAACACUUCGCAACAAGUAAAGAUAAAUGCUUAAAUUUAGUUUUUUCUACAAAAGUUAUAAGAUAAAGGGUGUAAGGAAAUUUCGUUCCAAAUGGAAAAGAAUAUCAGCAUAUCAACAAGAGCUGUCACUAAUGGUGACAAAUGCCCCAGCAGCGCCUUGACCUUUGACCUGGUGACCCCAAAGUCAGUAGGGGUCAUGUACUCAAUAAGUACUAUCAGCAUGUGAAGUUUGAAGGUCCUGGGUGCAGUGGUUUGCGAGUAAAGUGCCUUCAUGCAAAAAGUUAACGUUGUGACGAACGAACGAACUAACAAACGUUGAACAGUUGAAAACUAUUAUGCCUCCCUUCGGGGGCAUAAAAACAUGGAAAGUAACACAUAUAUAGUUUUCCGUCAUGCUGAUAUGUUGACUUAAUGUUGCUAUAGAACUUUGGUUAAUUUUAGAUUUUCUUACUGGAGAAAAAAACAUUUUUUUUGUGAACUAAGUUUUGGAAAUUUUCAACUUCUGAAAAUAAACAAGCGUUUCUUC